GAUUCACAAUACAUUGCGCCAGGCGCACCACUCGUUUUAGGGACUUUGCGCGCUUAGACGCACCUCCAAAAUUCAAGAUGGACCUCUCAACCAGCGCAGUAGCGGCUCCUGUAUCAGACGAGACGUCCACACAUCACCAUGAUACACACGCUAUGCCACCGCAGUUUGUCACUCGGCAACAUUGGCGUUAUCAAUCUAUGAAAAGAGCCGAGUUGGAGAAUGAUCCAGAUGUGUUCGAUCUCAGCCAAUGGGCGACAUUUUCAGCAGACCGAAAGAGCGCAUGGUCUCAAGGAGGUGCUAUUCCCGCUGCUCAGAUUGAAGCUGCCUGCAUUGCGUACAAUGAUGGACAACCACUGUCUUCGCCGGUGGAGGACGCUCCCUUUUACGAACAUCGUGACUUUCCAGGUUUAAGAGUGAUCCCAGGCCUGUUACCCCCCGAGACUCAAGUGCUAUUUACCUCGUGUCUCAUGCAUCGGGAUCUUGCUGAACCAAGCCACAAGAUCAACCUCCAGGAAGACUUCACUAUUCCUUAUCCACCAGCACAAACUUCUCCAUCGAGUCAUCGAUUUGACUCAACCUUUUUCACGCGUGACCGCUCCCUGGAAGAAGACUCACUCAUUCCCAAGGAACCUGAAAAGAACAAGCCUCUCAACAACGAGCAAUUCCUGUACAGCAAACUUCGGUGGCUCACAUUGGGCGAGCAGUAUGACUGGCCGACUCGCAGCUACGCAAAGCAUGCUACGCCGUUCCCCGAAGAUUUAUCCAAACUAGUCAUGGGACUCUUUCCGCACAUCAGGCCCGAUUCCGGCGUUGUACUCAUGUAUUCAGCGAAAGAUCAUAUGCCGGUCCAUCGCGAUGUUAGCGAACAUUGCCAGCGGGCUCUGGCGAGCUUCAGUGUGGGAUGUGAUGGAAUAUUCAUCUUGGCCCGUGGUGAAGACGGCGGCGAAGGGGCGAAUGCUCCUCGGACUGUGGUUUUAAGAGUGCGAAGCGGCGAUUGUGUACAUCUGGAUGGGGAGGCCAGAUGGGCGUGGCACGCCAUGGCUCGAAGCAUACCCAGUACUUGUCCGUCGUAUCUAGCCUCGUGGCCUGUUGGUACACCAGGUGCUACGACACGAGAAGAGAAGGCAUUCAAGAAGUGGAAGGGUUAUAUGGGAACGAAGCGUAUCAAUGUCAGUUGUCGACAGGUGUGGGACUAGCACAAUGGCCUUAUGGCAAUUACCGCCAAUCGAGAGACGAGCGGUGGCUUGAAUUUUGCGAUCGCAACGAUAUACCAUGCAUAUUUAGAGAAUAUGAGAUCUGCUAAGCUUAGC